GGCUUGGCAACACCUGGGACGUCCAAAGCACCCAUUCUGGCAGGUGUCCAUGGGAGGAAAACAUGGAGAGAAUCACCAGGCGCUGCUCAACGAGGGAGAGGAGGCUGAAAUGGAGAUGUUUGGCUACAAGACCCACGGUUUCCGGAGGGCCCUGUGCAUCGCUGGCCACCUCCUGUCCUGCGGGGCUCUCCUGCUCGUCUUUUACUGGAAGCCGGCGUGGGACGUCUGGGCAAACUGCGUGCCGUGCGACUUGCAAGAGGCAGACGUGGUGCUGCUCAGAACCACGGAUGAAUUUCAGACUUAUUCCCGGAAGAAGGUGACCUGGAUCUCUCUGUCCUCCCUGAACUAUAUCCGUCGAGAUUCUGCUGUCGUUGCUGAUGGAAGUUCUCUUUUGAACAGGGUUGUCAAGAAACCUGAGUUGAAAGUGAGGUGCCUCCAGGUGCAGAAGAUCCGGUAUGCCUGGGACCUGGCGGCCAGAUGCUUCCAGAAGGUCGGAGUCCUCGAGGAAAGCCACACCUGUGCAGAUAUCCAUGCCAAAUUUGGAUCUGGGCUGCCCCUCAAAGAGCAAGAAGUCAGGAAGCUGAUCUGUGGACAAAACAUCAUUGAUGUGGAGAUCACGCCUAUUUGGAAGCUGCUUGUCAAAGAGGUCCUCAACCCGUUCUACGUCUUCCAGCUCUUCAGCAUCUCUCUGUGGCUUGCAGAAGAUUACAUCGAAUACUCCGUGGCCAUCGUCCUCAUGUCUCUCCUUUCUAUCGCUCUGACGGUCUAUGACCUCCGGAAGCAAUCUGUGAAGUUGCAUCGCCUGGUGGAGUCCCACAACAGCGUCCCGGUCAAGGUGUGCAGGAAACAGGCAGGUUUGCAAGCAACACAGUCGCGCUACUUGGUGCCUGGAGACCUGUUGGUCCUGGAGGGGGGCAAGCUGAUGCUGCCCUGUGAUGCUAUCCUGGUUCACGGCACCUGCAUCGUGAAUGAGGGCAUGCUGACGGGGGAAAGCAUUCCUGUCACCAAGACUGGCCUGCCUCGAGACAACGGUCAGCAGCCCUGGCAGACGAGCUGUGUGGACGAUUUCCGGAGACAUGUCCUCUUCUGCGGCACCCAGGUCAUCCAGGCCAAGGGAGAUGGCAAGGAGCCCGCCAAGGCAGUGGUGCUGCGGACCGGUUUCAACACUGCCAAAGGGGACCUGGUGAGAUCCAUCCUGUACCCCAAACCCAUGAACUUCCGGCUCUACAGGGACGCGAUUCGGUUCCUCAUGUUCCUUAUUGGAAUUGCUGGGAUUGGGAUGGUGUACACCUUGUGUGUCUUUGCACUCAAUGGGGAAGAGGUUGGCGAGGUGGUGAAGAAGGCCCUGGAUGUGAUCACCAUUGCUGUCCCUCCUGCCCUCCCCGCUGCCUUGACCACAGGCAUCAUUUACACGCAGCGGCGGCUGAAGAGAAAAGGGAUCUUCUGCAUCAGCCCCCAGCGGAUCAACGUGUGCGGCCAGCUGAACCUCGUCUGCUUUGACAAGACUGGCACACUGACGGAGGAUGGCCUGGAUCUCUGGGGCCUUGUCCUGGCCAAAGGACAGAGCUUCCAGGAGGCCUGCCGCUUCUCCCUGGGGAGUAGGCUGGUGCCCUGGGGCCCGGCCUGUGGAGCCAUGGUGAGCUGCCAUUCCCUGGUGCUGCUGGACGGCCAGUUGCAGGGGGAUCCGCUGGACCUGAAGAUGUUUGAGGCCACUCACUGGGAAAUAGAGGAUUCCAAGGACGGUGAGGGCCAAGCUGGAGAACAGGCACCUGUCAUGGUCAUCAAACCAGGACCCAAAGCUGGCCAUGGCCCCCCCGGAGGCAUCGCCAUCUUGUGCCAGUUCCCCUUCUCUUCGGGCCUGCAGAGGAUGUCUGUCGUCGUGCAGGAGUUCGGUGGGGGCCGCCAGGCCUUCAUGAAGGGGGCCCCGGAGAGAGUGGUUGGCUUCUGCCACCCCCAGUCAGUGCCCCCCAGCUUCGCCAGCCAGCUCCAGCUCUACACGGGUCGAGGCUUCCGAGUCCUUGGGCUGGCACAUAAGAUCUUGCCAGUGGGAAUGCCAACAGCUUCCCUCACAAGGGAAGAAGUGGAGUCCGGCCUGACCUUCUUGGGCUUCCUCAUCAUGGAGAACCGCCUGAAGAGGGAAACCCGGCCAGCCCUGGAGGAGCUCAGCGCUGCCCGCAUCCGGAGCGUGAUGGUCACAGGGGACAACAUCCAGACAGCCAUCACGGUGGCCAGAGAGGCCGGCCUGAUUCUGCCGGACAGCCAAGUGAUCCUGGUGGAGGCCAGUGCCCAGGUGGGGCAUCCCUUGGCAUCGAUUACCUGGGAGCUCCUGCAGGAGAACCAACUGGGCAGCUGCAGUGCACCAAAGCAGGACCUCCACGCCUCCUCGGGAGGAGGGAAGAGCCCGUUCCAUUUCUGCAUGAGCGGCAGCUCCUAUGAGGUCAUCACGCAGUCCUUUGGCCACUUACUCCCAAAGCUGCUUCUGAACGGGACCGUCUUUGCCCGGAUGUCUCCUGCGCAGAAAGCCAGUCUGGUGCAGGAGUUCCAGAAGAUGGAUUACUUUGUGGGGAUGUGCGGAGAUGGCGCCAAUGACUGUGGGGCGCUGAAAGCAGCCCAUGCUGGGAUCUCCCUGUCUGAGCAGGAGGCCUCGGUGGCCUCGCCCUUCACCUCCACGACCCCCAAUGUGGAGUGUGUGCCAGAACUCAUCAGGCAAGGUCGGGCGGCCCUGGUGACCUCCUUCUGCAUGUUCAAGUACAUGGCCCUCUACAGCAUCAUCCAGUACCUGGGCAUCCUCCUGCUCUACUGGCAACUCAGCACCUUUGGGAACUACCAGUUUCUCUUCCAGGAUCUGGCCAUCACCACCCUCAUUGGCAUGACCAUGAGCCUGAACGGGGCUUACCCCAAGCUGGUGCCCUUCCGCCCUGCGGCCCGCCUCACCUCCCCGCCCCUGCUGCUGUCCGUGGUCCUGAACAUCCUCUUCAGCCUGGCCCUGCAGGUCUGCGGCUUCGUGCUGGUGCAGCAGCAGCCCUGGUACUCCGCCGGCAACCUGCUCAGCGCCUGCUCUCCUGGCAACACGAGUCACACGGGAUCGCCCCCAGCCUUGGCCGGUCUCCCCCAGGGAGUCAACAGGACGGGUGGGGAGGAAGAGAGUUACAGGAGCUACGAGAACACCACCGUCUGGCUCCUCAGCACCAUCAACUGCCUUCUGGUCGCUGUGGUCUUCUCCAAGGGGAAGCCCUUCAGACAACCUGUGCACAAAAACUAUGUGUUUGUCCUCACGUUGGUGGUGCAGCUGGCAGUCUGCCUCUUCUUCCUCUUUGCCAACUUGGAUGAGCUCUAUGCCCGGAUGGAGCUGGUGUGCACUCCUCUGAUGUGGCGGAUUGCCCUGCUGGUCAUGCUGACCGUCACCUUCGCCGUCUCCUUCGCUGUGGAGGAGGUGGUCAUCGAGAACCGAGCCCUGUGGGGCCUGCUGAAGAGAUGCUUCGGCUACCGGUCGGCCAGCUCCUACCAGAAGCUGCGGAGGGCCGUGGAGAGGGACCCCACCUGGCCUCCCUUGGGCAAGACAGACUUCGCCCAAUCUGUGUCCCUCUCGGUGGGCGGCAGGGAAGCCUACGCCAACCCCGUCUUCGAGAGCCACGAGGAGCCGCAGUCCGGACAUCACCCCUAAGGCCUG